GUAUGCUCCUUGGCCUUUCAGGGAGCUGGUUAUUUUUACCCAAGAAUUUUUCACGUUUUCAUUCGCUCCUACAUAUAGUUGAAAAACGGAACCUUUCUCACGAACUCAUUCCCUUUUCGUGUUCACUGACCAGGAUAAGUAAUAUUUAAGCAACCCUAAAUAACAUACGGGAAGAAAUGGAAAUUUGACACGUGGUUUGUCACGUUCUUUAGUAUAUGAAUAAUUAAAUAGUAUACAAUUUAUUUGUUGUAAUAAUAAACAUUAUCAUCAAUAAAAAGGAUCGGGUUUAAUGUUGGUCAAUCGUUUUAAAAUGCGUGAAUUGUUGGGAAAAAAGUGUUCAAAUAGUGCAUGAAUAUAAGCGAAUUUUGACUACAAAACAGAUAAAAAUUUAAUUCGCUUCAGCACAUCAAUUUUUUGGGGAAUAGAAAUUUAUAAACUCAGCAAUUAAAGAAUACACAUGGAUCUGCAGCCUGGAAAGAAAUUGGAAUGUCCAAAGUGCUCAAAAAUGUUUAAAACGAGUUUCGAGUUGACUAAACACAUCGUCACACACGACCCGGAUGCCAAGGUCAAAUGUGAGGUUUGCGGCAUGAUUUCCAAAAACAGAUUUGCAUUAGCUAGCCACAUAUCUAGAUUUCACACCAACCCGAAACAAGCAAGUUGCAACACGUGCCACCGGGUGUUUUCCAAUCCCUACAACUUACGGAUCCAUAUUAAAAAUAUCCAUAACACGAAGGAACGACACCUUUUCCCAUGCACGUUUCCUGGCUGUGAGAAAACCUAUCUAGUCAAGGGGGAUGUCGUAAAACACGUGGAAACUGAACAUGCCAAGAAUCCGGUCCGAUAUCCGUGCGGACUUUGCGGACACGAAUUUAAAAAGAACACUGAUCUUGAGCGACACAUGGCGACCCACACGACCGAGAAGGUGUACAAGUGUUCCACCUGUGAGAGAGAUUUUACCCACGUGGGAAGCAUGAAACGGGAUUAAAUAAGAUAAUGUUGCACUGCAUAUCCAUCUCGUAGAAUAUUUCAUACCCGAGACCUGUCAUUAAAUUAAAUCACUUUUGUUUCAAAAUUUUUCGGGAUAUAAAUAUGAUUUCUAAAA